AUGGCGCAAGCUGUCCGGAACGCUCAAGCCAUAGGACUUGACAAAGAUAUUGCAGUCUCCACCUCCUUGGAAAGGGAAAUGCGGCACCGUGCUUGGUGGGACUUAUGUGAUUCGGACACAUUUCAAUCUAUGUGUCUCAACAGACCGCCUCUAAUACAAGCACGACUAUCUAAAGUUCCAUUUCCUCUCAACUGCAAUGAUCUCGAUAUUACGGAAACAUCAAUUCUUGCUCGACCGAUUGAUCAGCCAACAGAAAUGAGUAUGCAUUACUUUAGAGCCAAGGUGUUCAAGAUCUUGAACCGACUCUAUCUUGAUGAUAGUGCCCACGUCCUAUCAUAUGAUUUCGUGAGCGGCAUCGACGCUGAGAUCAUGGCUGUUGUUGAUGAGUUUCCAUGGUACAUGAAGAUUGAAGAUGGAUCAUGUGCCAACUUACCCCCGUCCCUUGAGUUUAUCCUGUGGCAAUUUCAUAUUCUUCAUACUUGUAUUUGUACUCAGCGGAUUCGUAUGUAUCGAUCAUUCCUUCACCCGCGUGUGGGCGACUCUUGGCCAAAGUGCACCAGAGCAGCAGAGGAUUCAUUCAUCGUGUAUCGCAACAUCCGAGAUGGAGCCGGUGACGAAUUUACAAAGUCUCAAAAAUUCCUCGGACAAGCCUACCAAGUCUUCUCUGUCGCUGUCGCUAUAGCUGCACUGUUGAUUGUGGAACGAUCUGCACAGAACCCGAAUUUACGCAGCGAUAUAGAGAUGGCUAUCGUCGAUCUUGGAACUCUAGACAGUAGCGAGACUACAGUUUCUCUCGCCUCGGAUGGAAGAAAGGUCCUCAUACGAAUGCUGGCCAUCUAUGACCAGCGGGGUGCGGCAUCUCCAGCAGAAUCAGAAGAUCUCGUGACUGGGAUCUCUACAGUUUUCGGCGGCGAGCAGACAGCUCGAUCAUAUUUGAGGAGGUGCAAGAUACGAACACUCCAGAAAAACAACUCUGGAGCAUCUUCUCAGCCCACAAACCUUAUCCAUCGACAGGUCGGCAGGGAGUUCAUAUAUUCGCAGGAGACUGCCGUAGGAAUAGAUGUGACGAGCCAAGAUGGAUUUUUUAGUAAUGCUGAAAUGGCACUGCAACAACUGCCAGCGGAAGAUGGCGCUAAUGCGUAUAAUUUCCAACAGAUGGAUUUGGAUAUUCCCCUGGAGUUUUUCAACUGUUGGCCUGCUGAGUCUCUUGUACCUUAUUUGGAGUAUCCUCCAUAA